CCUUCUUCGCCUGGGAGCCGGGAGGAGAGAGGAGGGGGUGCCUUCAUUUUGGAAAGGGGGAGUCAGCUGGAGGGAAGGAGGAGGAGGAGGAGGAGGCUGCUCUCUCUCUCUCUCUCUCUCUGCCUUUGACCAGAAGGGUAGGUAAGACAAUGAAGCAAUAGAGAUGCUUCCCUUUGUGUUCGUCGCCUUGGGCGCGGUUGAGACUACCUGCAGGUCCUCCAGCUGCAGCAACAACAGCACCAAGGACUACUGCUACAGCGCCCGCAUUCGCAGCACUGUGCUGCAGGGCCUGCCCUUCGGAGGGGUUCCCACUGUUCUCGCCCUUGACUUUAUGUGUUUUCUUGCACUACUGUUUGUUUUUUCCAUUUUACGUAAAGUGGCCUGGGAUUAUGGGCGUCUGGCAUUGGUGACUGAUGCUGACAGGCAACGGCGUUGGCAGCAGGAGCGAGAGGAACGGGAAUAUGUGGCGUCUGCCCUACAUUCUGACAGCCAUGAUCGCUACGAGCGCCUCACUUCUGUCUCCAGCUCUGUGGACUUCGACCAAAGAGACAAUGGCUUCUGCUCGUGGUUGACCGCUAUCUUCAGGAUAAAGGAUGAUGAGAUCCGAGAUAAAUGUGGGGCUGAUGCAGUCCAUUACCUCUCUUUCCAACGGCACAUCAUAGGACUGCUGGUUGCCGUGGGUGUCCUCUCCGUAGGCAUUGUGUUGCCUGUGAACUUCUCAGGGGACCUGCUAGAGAAUAACCCCUACAGUUUUGGUAGAACAACUAUUGCCAACUUAAAUUCAGGGAAUAAUCUCUUAUGGCUGCACACAUCUUUUGCCUUCUUGUACCUGUUGUUGACGGUAUACAGCAUGCGCCGCCACACCUCUAAGAUGCGCUAUAAGGAGGAUGACUUGGUGAAGCGAACCCUAUUCAUCAAUGGCAUUUCAAAGUAUGCUGAACCUGAGAAGAUCAAGAAGCAUUUUGAGGAAGCCUAUGCCAAUUGCACAGUGCUGGAGGCACGUCCUUGCUAUGAUGUGGCCAGGCUGAUGUUCCUUGAUGCGGAGAGAAAAAAGGCAGAGCGUGGGAAAAUCUAUUUUACCAACUUGCAGACCAAGGAGAACAUCUCAUCCAUGAUCAACCCCAAGCCCUGUGGCCAUCUCUGCUGUUGUGCAAUCAAAGGAUGUGAAGAGGUGGAGGCCAUAGAGUACUACACUAAACUGGAGGAAAAGUUGAAAGAGGACUAUAAGAAGGAAAAAGAAAAGGUGAACGAGAAGCCAUUGGGCAUGGCCUUUGUCACGUUCCAUAAUGAAGCCAUUACAGCCAUAAUACUGAAAGAUUUCAAUGUGUGCAAAUGUCAGGGCUGCAAAUGCCGUGGAGAACCCCGAGCUUCAUCCUGCAGUGAGUCUCUCCAUGUCUCCAAUUGGACGGUUUCAUAUGCACCUGAUCCUCAGAACAUUUACUGGGAACAUCUGUCCAUCCGUGGCUUUAUCUGGUGGUUCCGCUGCCUGAUCAUCAAUGUGGUGCUCUUCAUCCUGCUCUUCUUUCUCACCACUCCUGCCAUCAUCAUCACCACUAUGGACAAGUUCAAUGUCACCAAGCCUGUUGAGUACCUGAAUUCCUUACUUCACAUUGAGAGAUAUAUGAUAUUUCUCCUGAAAAAGCUGUUGAAUAUACUAAUACCUGUACUGACUUUUCACUGCUUAUCUGUUUAUAAUAUCUAUGUUACUAGGUCUGGAGAGAAUAGAACCACCAUGCACAAAUGCUAUACUUUCCUCAUCUUUAUGGUCCUUCUGCUGCCAUCACUGGGCCUUAGCAGUCUGGAUGUAUUUUUCCGUUGGCUGUUUGACAAAAAAUUCCUGGCUGAGGCUGCUGUGAGAUUUGAGUGUGUGUUCUUGCCAGAUAAUGGGGCUUUUUUUGUGAACUAUGUCAUUGCCUCUGCAUUCAUUGGGAAUGCCAUGGACUUGCUACGUAUUCCUGGCCUGCUGAUGUACAUGAUCCGGCUCUGCCUUGCUCGCUCAGCUGCUGAGCGCAGGAAUGUCAAACGGCAUCAAGCCUAUGAAUUCCAGUUUGGGGCUGCAUACGCCUGGAUGAUGUGCGUCUUCACUGUAGUAAUGACCUACAGUAUCACCUGCCCCAUCAUUGUUCCCUUCGGUCUGAUGUAUAUGUUACUAAAGCACCUGGUGGACAGGUACAACCUCUAUUAUGCUUAUCUUCCAGCCAAGCUGGAUAAGAAGAUCCACUCAGGUGCUGUGAACCAGGUGGUGGCAGCACCUAUCCUAUGCCUCUUUUGGCUUCUCUUCUUCUCUACUGUGCGCACAGGGUUCCUGGCUCUCACAUCCAUGUUUACUUUUGUGGUUCUUGUCAUCACAAUUGUGAUCUGCUUGUGUCACGUCUGCUUUGGACACUUCAAAUACCUCAGUGCUCACAAUUACAAGAUUGAUCACACGGAGGUGGAUGUUGUGGAUGGAAGGGAAAAUGGACGGCCUACCACCAACCAUCCGCCAGCUCCUAAAUCAGCUAAGUAUAUUGCCCAAGUACUGCAAGAUUCUUCACCAGAGGGUGACGCAGCUGAGUCCGAGGAGCAAGGGUCCCAAGACGAGGAGCUCAUCAACCCAAAUGGCAUUAACGAUACGGAUUUCCAGUCAUGCGAGGACAGCCUGAUAGAGAACGAGAUCCACCAUUAGGAAUGUGGAAAAAUGCAAGCAGGGCAGGGGAGUCUCAUGAGCUGGCGAGGCUGCUGCGCACUGUGUGUAUGUGUUCUGUGUGAGCGAGUGAGAGAGAGAAAGGCUAAGGAAAUGGAGAAAAGAGGAGCAUAAAUCAGGUACCCACCACUGCUCCUUCCUCACCCACCUGGCUCCUGUAUUAGUGCUCAUUCCAAGUUGGUAAUCAGACCUCCAUUCCCUGUCUUUCCUAUCCCUCUUCUCUCUGUGUCCUCUUCCUUUGCGAUGGAAGGUGAAUUUCUCUUACAAGCUACCUACCCCUUAACAACUUCUGGAAUCCACAAACCCAAAACAGAGGAGAGGAAAUGACCACAUAUGUUGCAGCUCCAGUGUAACAGGGAGAGGAGCAGAAGUGAGGACAAACAGCCUGGAUGUUUCCAAGUGGCAAAAGGUCCUCCUUUUCUUUCUCCUCCUCCAGGAAACACAUGUGCCAUCCUCCCUGCUCCUGUUCUCCUAUCCCUUGUCUAGAACCUUGAACACUAAUAAGGUGUUAGAUUUAAAAGAAAGCAGAGCUUUAAUCAAUCAUGGUACCGUUUUUUCCCCAAACAAAAGGGGUCUGGCUUUGAACUUGUCUUGAAUCAGUGAUUCCAGCCAAGCAGAGCUGUUUUUAAAUCUAUGUAUAAAUUUCAUACAUGCUUAUGCAUCAGUGAGCGUUUUGUCUCCAGUGCCCAAGAAACAUUGCUGGAACAGCUAUGGUUUCAGUCAUUCUCAUCUCUCCAGCAAAGGCUGCUCACAUUACAGUCUAGAGCCAGAGGGAUUGUACAGAAAAGGACCCUGCUGCCAUGAAUGCGACCCAAUGAAAGCCACGACGAGAGUGCUACCCAGUGCCAGUGUCUGCCAGUGAGCAGCUGCCAGUGGCAAAUGCAGCUCCAGUGGCAAAACAAGCCCCUUGCAGGGCGAGGGGAAUGCCAAGAGUUGGCAAGGAAAAUUGUCCAUCCAGUAAUCCUCUUCUUCCUCCACCUCUUCCCAGCACAAACCAACUACAUGGUAGCCCAUAUCGCGCAAUGCCAGGGGUUUCCAGUCUGGGGCACAGUGCAGCUUGGGCUCUGCAGCAUUUUUGCACAUUUGUUUUACCUUUAAACCUGACUAAAACCCAAACACUCUCUUUGUCUUGUCUAAUUUUUAGGGAGGCAGAAGAGGGGAAGGGUUGGUUUUUGUACAGUUUGCUAUAGAGGGAGAGACCACUGAAUCCCAGGGGCUGUGAAGCUUCUGAGCUCAUCCAGUUUCACCUCUGAGCCUUGCAUGAUACCUCCUGUGCAUUCCAUCACAGGCAUCUGGCUCCACUCUGUUUCUCCCAUCCUGUUGCUUGCAUGCAACUCCAAGGAACCACCUUCUGACUCAAGGUUUUGUUGUCUCCUGAGUUUUUUCUUCAAGGAUUCUUCAGGCUUUGUCUUCAAACUCACAUCUCACCACUGCAUUUGUCUCUUUGACACAAAAGGUUGGGAGGAGUCCUAAGUUCAGUCAUAAUAGGCCAUUAUUUAUUUCUGAAUUGACAAAUAGAUUGUCUUAAAUUUCUGUGGGCCCUUUCAAUAAAUCUGCUUGUGAAGGUGCUUUCAGCCUCGCUGGGAGAGGACAAAUAGAUGUAGGUGUUAGAGCAGCUGUCUUGCCUCGAAUAAUGUUUCGUGGGGCUUACAGGAGACAUGCCCUUUUACUUCUGUUGGAGACCCAGGGCUUAUACAGACUGGGGUGAAUCAACUCCAUGAGUUGAAUCCUCUUCUCAGACCCAGAAGGAAGGCUCAGUUGCUGCUGCUAGCUGUCUUAAUUUUUGCCUUCCCUUCCUCUCCACUGUGCUCUUCUUUGUCUGCAAAAAGCCAUCCUUGAGGGAUGCUACCAGUAUUACCCAGAAGCAGAGACCCAUCUGCCUCCAAAUAGGAGACAAGGAGUCUUUCUUUAUUCUAGCUAAGGGCUUGAAGUGUUUUUACAGACAUUAAUGAAUCAAGUCUCUCUAACACUGAGCAAGGCUGAGGCACCCUCAUAUGAGGCACCCCGUAGUUAAAAGGAGGGAGCUGACAUACAGAAAGAUGAAGCUUAGUCAAGAUUGGAUACAUAACAAAGAGUCAGAAAUGUAGCCAAGAAGCCUCUUUGCUUAUAACUUCUUGACCUGGGAGAAGGAGCUGGACUUCAUGCUCCCUUCUAGGAGAUGUGAGAAUCUGAGGAUGCCCUCAGGAGCUGAGCCAUGGCUCGUGGUGGGUUUUCUUUUGCAGUGCUGUCUGGGAAUUAGUGGGGAAGGGGCGUGGAGGAGCCUGUUUGAACUAUCUCUCUCAUUUUUCCCUUGCCAUCGUCACCACACAUUCAGCCACACUGCUGCUGAAAUGCAUGUGGGUUUUAUUUUAAUUGUUUGUUCCAGGAUGUUUUUUCUGAUACUCUCUAGAAAUAGUAUGUGUUCCAUGCCAGGGUUUCCUCACCAUCUCUGUACUGUCCCCCUGGCACCAUAAUUUCUAAGCCCAGCCUCCACUUCCCUACCUGCAUCAGCCCCACAGCCUCAACUUGGGAUGGCUCUGAGCAAUCUGUACAUACAGCCACAGUACAGGGUUGGCUUACUUGGGUGGUUAAUGGAUGUGUUGGGUGCGGACCAGUGGUGCCACCCCACCCCCCUUGCAGGGAGCUGUGUUCUAACUGGCACUGUGUCUGUGUAGAGAUGUGUAUAAUACCCUGUAUAUAUUUGUGUAAAAAAGAGAAAAAGAGGAACUUAUCAUA